AUGGAGCCAUUCAAGCAGAUUGGAAAGCAUUACUUACAAGAGAAAUGUUGUCUACUCUCGCCUGAAAAGCUGCUCAUCUACCAGAUCCCUCGCUUCUCGAACCUCCACGACAAAGACAAAUGUUGGUUCAUGGCUUACUGCGGAGGGCAAGAGAAAAAGUCUUGUGUGAUGAACUCUCCGGACGAGACACAUGAUGUAUUCUUGUUAGCUGAAGAUGCGCUACUCAAAGUGUCGGCGAGCCUUGCUCUGAUCGCACAUUUGUCCGAUGAGAAACCUGAAUCCAUGAUACAUAUCUUUCAUGUCAAAAUGCGGGAAGUAUCUCGAGGCACAGUUCUCGCACGAGAUAAGCUGCCGAUGGCCAAUUUUUUGUCCUCCACUGGCAAAUGGGAUUUGGUUCUGGUGUCUGGCUCGGUCUUGCUUUCUUCAGAAAAUCUAAGCUGCUGGACCGAGCUCAGUGUCAGCGAGGAUACCCUCCUGAGUAAAGCAAUGAAGAAAUUUGUUGCGGAUUCAACAAGUGCCCCGGAGAGGGUUAUGCAUGUCUACUAUCUACAGUGCUUCUGCAAGGACCGAGGUCCACACCUAGCUCACGGCCGCUUCAGCCUUGACCGUGUAUAUGUCGAGCUUUGCCACCAAGAGAACGGUCCUGAUAGAAAGACGAUCGUUGUGGUUACCGAGAAGACAUGGGCGAUCAUGAAAGGGAAUUUCGAAAGCAUCACUAAGUUGUAUCCAUUGCAAGAUGCUUCUGACCUCGACGAUGAUCGCCUCCAUUGGUUCAAAUCCAAGAUCGAAUUCGUACAGUGGCUUGACUGUCACGAUCCAGGUGCUAGUGUCGGCGAACAUUCAGUCCAAAUUACAGUCCCACCUCCAUUCAAACCUCCAAUCAUGCCUUGUGCAGUCCUGAAUGCGGAUUUGAAAGAAGGGGGAUUCUUCGUUGAUAGCUGGCUCAGUUAG